AUGAACCUCGCUGUGCGUAUUUUUCUUCACUGUGUGCUAUCUUACAUUCUGUUUCAUUUUACGCAUGUUGAAGGAAAAUCUUUAGUAGAAAACUUAACUUCUAGGGGUGAUUUAGACUUGGUCUUACUGUUUGAUGUUGGUUUUCAAGAGGGAGUAAAGAAGAACAGGUUGGAUGCACUUAAUAAUGUCGUGGAAGUUGCAAGAAAUUUGUUAGUUGAAAAUGAACAUAAGGUUAGUCUCACAUAUGUAACUUAUGACAGUAUGAGUGUGAGAACUCUAGCUAUGGGAAAAAGUGGGAAAUUUACGGGUUCUGCUUCCUCCAGAAGGGAUGAUUCGAAUGUAAAUUUCGAAAAUUUUAAGGAAACAGUGAUGAAGACAGAAAUGGUGAAAUCUGUGAGAAGUUCUGAACAUCUGAAAGCAUUAAACUAUGUAGGUUUAAAACAUUUUUACAACGCAGAUGAAAUGUCAACUAAAAUGAUUAUCAUGUUUAUGAACACAGAUGGGAUAACAAAAAGAGACAUGACGGAUCUGAACAUUGUUCAUUAUUUAUUAGACAGAAAAAACAUAACAUUGAAUAUCAUAACAAAAGUGAAUCUAAAAUCUUACUGUCAUUAUAUACAUAAAGUUGGACCCAAUACAAAUGAGUUACUAAGAUGUGUGCUAAAAAAUUCCUAUUAUCAUAAUUUAAUAUUAACAUAUACAUUAAAAAAAUUUUAUGAAGAUAUCGCAACAAAUGCUGUUUGUAGUGAAUGGUCUGAAUGGUCUGAAUGCACCGUUACAUGUAAUGUUGGUUAUCACUUUUGUAAGAGAAAUACUUUGAAUAAUGUAGAAAAUAGUAGAGACGGUAUGUACAAAAGAAAGGGUAAAAAUUGCUCGGAACAGAGAAGCCUUAUAAUUCAAGAGUGUUUUAAUACUAGCUGCGAUCAUUCUUUAGAUGUAUGUGAUGCAGAAGUAGAUUUAUCUUUCCUAAUUGAUGAUUCAUCAAAUAUGUCUCAAGAAUUUUGGUUAAAAUACAUUAUACAACCUAUCAGAAAAAUGAUUUCUCAUUUAAACUUAAGUAAAAAGUUAGUGAAUAUUUCUAUAACUACUUUUUCUAAUACCACACAUAAUUGGAUUGACUUUUCUUCUAAUUUAUCCAGAAAUCGUGAUGAACUUCUUAUAUUUCUUGAAUAUUGGAGAUAUAAUUUAGGAAAUACUUCUUCCAAAAAUUUAAAAAAUGCUUUAAAAUAUGUACAUGAAAAUAUUCUUAAUAGUAAUAGUGGAAGGCCCAAUGCCCAUAAAGUUCUGGUUAUUUUUAACACUGGAGAAAUACAAAAAGAUUAUCUACAAGAUAUUGAAGAUGUUAUUCAUAAAAUUAAAAUGAUUUAUUCUGCUGAUGUUUAUUCUAUCUGUCUCAAUAACUCUGUAGAUGAUAAUUGUCAGGCCUUAAGUGGAAGAAGUACGAGUAACCCGAAUCCGAAUAACACUCCUCUGUUCUCUCCUUCUGAUUCUCAGUUAACCACGAAAUCUUCUUAUUCCACUCCAAGCGGUUCUCCUCCUAAAAAACAAUUCUUUUACUCUUUUACCAAUGUUUCCAAUUUCAGAGAUGAAAUUAUGGACAUACUGAAGAACAUAUGCUUCAAUGCAUCUAAUGCCAUCCGCAUGUCCAGAGCCCGAAGGAAAAGGAAUCUCAGAAAACAGAGAGGCGCUGAUAAAACGAGCAGUUUGCAUGGCCAAGGGGAGGAAGCAGAGGCAGGGGUAGGGGCAGAGUCAGAAGCAGAACCAGAAGCAGAGGCAGAGGUAGAGGUAGAGGCAAAUCCAGAAGCAGAGGCAGAGGUAGAGACAGGGGUAGAGGCAGAAGCAGUGGCAGAGGCAGAGGUAGAGGCAGAGGUAGAGGCAGGGGUAGAGGCAGAACCAGAAGCAGAGUCAGAACCAGAGGUAGAGACAGGAAUAGAGGCAAAGCCAGAAGCAGGGGUAGAGGCAGAACCAGAAGCAGUGGCAGAGGCAGAACCAGAAGCAGAGUCAGAGGCAGAACCCCGCGUGGCAAUUGGAAAGGACGAGAAAUUGAAGGACCAACAUGAAAGCACGGAAAGAACGAUGAAGGGGAUAAAAAAUGCUGAAAAUAAAAAAAAAGGGUUGAAGCGAACAAACUCAUUGGAUACGUAUAAAAUGAGAAAAGAAAAUAACCACCUGGGAUCGAAGAAAAAUAGAAUAAUUCUAAAAUCAGUAACGAACUUGGAAGGCAAGGACGAUGAGGAAGGGGAGGGAGAUGAAGAACCACAAUACACGUCACUAAAAAAAUAUACUUCACAAUACAACAUAGACGCCCUUCCCUCAUAUAAAAGUGGAAAAGAUAAAAACUUGACACGUAAGUUGUUGAAUUUCUUAUUUAAAAGAAAAAAAUAUCGUUUUAAACAACUAGACAAUGAUAAAAAAAAAAAGAUAAAAGACUUUAUAAAUAAUGUAAAAAAAUUAGACAACAUUUCAGAAAAAGAUUAUGAAAAAGAAAAUCAUAUAACAUCUCAGUUUUAUAUUUUACUAGAUCAAAUUUUUAAAAGUGCAUCUCCUUUAUCUCUGAAUGGUGGUGAAGGUGAUAAUGAGGAUGAUGGUGAUAGUGAGGACCAUGACGAUUUUGAUUCUAUAAUCCAUUAUAGCUAUGCAUCAAUUGUGGACGAUGAGGACGAUUUAGACAUGGAUAGUACAUUGACACAUAGCUGGAAUUAUAAAGAUGCACAGCAAAUCAAGAAAGAUAACAUGAUCAAAAAUGAAAAACAAAAUGGUCAAAUAAAUGAAGAUGAUAAUAAUUCACCAACAUAUAUUUCUACUUGGAACCAAAGCCAAAAAGGGGAUUUGCAAGAGAAUCACAUACCGAAUGAAAACAAGAAAAAUCUUCUAGAUGAUAUUCCAAUAGAUAAUACACUGAUGGAAGACGGAGGAUUUUUGACAAGUGAUGAAAGCAAAAUGAUGAGAAGGAAGAGAUCCAUAGUUCAAGAAGAAGGACUAAUAAAGGAGCAAUUUCAAAACAGUAGUAAUUUGACAUAUGCAGAAAAUGGAGAUAUGACUAGUACAAGUGCAAUGCAUACUAGGGAAGAGGCAUCAUCAUCGGGCGAAAGCAAGCAAGAAGUGAAUGAUAAGUUUGUAGAGACAUCAUUAGGAAAAGUAGAAUCGAUUGGACAUGAUGAAAAAAAAAACAAGGUAGAGUUGGUUAACCACAAUGAUGAUGGAAUCUGUGUUAAUGGAUCAGCUGCAUCUAACAAAAGGAAUUGUCAGAAAAGGUACAAAUCCAAGUAUGAUAUUAUUCAGCGUUUCAAAAAUAGAGACAUCCAUGUAGAUAAUAAAACUGGAAUUAGCUAUGAUGAACAUGAGUAUCAUCCAUCGUUAGUGGAAAAAGACGGGGGAAAAAAGAAUAACCAAAUGGAAGAAUCUAGAGAAUCAAAGAAAGAGAACUCAUCCAUACAUGUCCCAAAUGUGGAUUUCAAAAAAAAUAUCAAUGAAUCUAAUGUUUCAUGUGGUCAACAACAACAAGAUGGGAAAACGCUGCCUGCUUCUACUUCUGCUUCUGCUUCCUACAAGGUCGAUGAAAAACUUUCAAAGGUAGAAGUAGAGGACAUUGUUGGGGUGAGAACGGAUGAACAGACAGAACAAGAUACCAAAAAAGAUAAUAAACUUCUUUCGUUUAUCAAGGACGAAAUAAAUGAAAAAUAUCUAAAUUAUACGAAUGAGGACAUGAAUUUUCAUGAUAAUUUUCAAAAUACAAAGCUAGGAGAUGUGGUGACUAUGAAUUACCCUGAAGAAGAAGAAGAAGAAGAAGAGGACCUUGAAUAUAAUGAUACUAAUAUAUAUAAAUAUUCUGCUUCCUUCGCAUUAGCUACUGUUGUUGUCUUAGGCCUUGCGUUCUUAUAUGUGCGUUAUAGAAAUGCUAAAAACAUAGCAGAUAUAGUCGACACUAAAGAUUUUCCCGUCAUUAAAAAUGAAAAGGAGGAAAUUUUUAGGGAACAAAAUGUUUAUAUAUGCCCAAAUGGGACAUCUUGGCAAUAA